UCAGAUGAUGCUGAGCCUGGAGGACCGGGAGUGCCUCAUUCACACUCCUGUAUUUGUCUACAAUAGCGUGUCUCCCAGGGAAAAAAAAAACAUUGAAAGGACGCUCCGAUGGAAAUGUGUGUGACUUGAAAGUCCACGCCGGAUGUUCAUUGUAUUUGCCGGAGAAAAACUAUGGUUGCUUUAAACGACUGAUGCUUUUGGAUAUUGCUUAUUUCCCCCAACUUUCUCUUGUAUCCAUCCAAGUCUGUCAGUCGUUCUUUUAUUUCAAAUCAGACGCUUUCUGGGCUUUUCUAAACCCCCCAGUCCGGCGUGUGUGUUUUUGAAUCCUGCGGUGAGGAUGGAUGCCCGGCUGUCACUCCCCGGGAACCGCCUGCUGGUCCUUCUCUGCGCGGUGGUUGUCCUGUCGGGGACCCGGAGCCCCGGGGCAGUGGCCGGGAGGAGCUGUGCGGACACCCGGCAGGUGUACAACGAGAAAGGGUACAGCACAAGCACCGCACCGAUUACUCAAAUCUCAGGUGAGCACCUGCGGCUCUGUCCUCAGGACUACACUUGCUGCUCCAGUCAGAUGGAGGAGACACUGUCCCUUCAGAGUGAGAAAGACUUCCUCAAAGCCAUUGAAGACAACAGCCAGUUCCUCUUGACAACCUUCACCCAGAGACACCGCAGGUUUGAUGAGUUUUUCAGAGAGCUUAUAGAUCUUUCCGAGAAGUCUAUGAACCAGAUGUUUACCAAGACCUACGGCCUGCUCUUCACUCAGAAUGCAUACGUCUUCCAGGAGCUGUUCGUGGAGCUUCGCAGAUAUUACUCUGGGGGGAGUGUGAGUCUAACAGAGGUCCUCUCAGAUUUCUGGUCCAGACUGGUGGAGCGAGUCUUCUCCCUGGUCAAUCCCCAGUAUCAGUUCAGUGAGGACUACCUGGAGUGUGUGAGCAAACACGCUGAGCAGCUGCAGCCAUUUGGGGAUGUGCCCCGCAAACUUCGAGUACAGGUGUCGAGGGCCUUCAUUGCUGCCAGAGCGCUCUCUCAGGGCUUGGCUACUGGACGGGAUAUAGUGAACAAAGCAACCAAGCUGACGGCCGGUUCAGAGUGUGUGCGGGGGCUGAUGCGCCAGUGGUACUGUCCACUGUGUCGGGGCAUGCCCUCCCUUCGGCCCUGCCACUCCCUGUGCCUUAAUGUGAUGAAGGGCUGCUUAGCCAAUCAGGCUGAUCUGGAUACAGAAUGGAACAAUUUCAUUGAUGCUCUAUACCUGGUUUCAGAGAAGUUGGAGGGUCCCUUUAACAUGGAGCUCGCAGCCGACUCGAUCUCUGUAAAAGUGUCAGAGGCCAUAAUGAACAUGCAGGAAAACAGUGUGAGCAUCUCAAAUAAGCUUUUUCAAGGGUGUGGAAAUCCUCGGCCAGCUCUGGCACGGUCCAAACGCUCCCCCAAAGAAUCAGGCAGCAGUAGGAGGCCAUUCCGCACCUACACCCCCGAGGAGAAGCCCACCACUGCCGCAGGCACCAACCUGGACCGUCUGGUUACCGAGCUGAAGGAGCGACUGCGGCCCAUGCGAGGCUUCUGGGUGUCCCUCCCACACACCAUCUGCAAUGAUGAGAAGAUGGCUGCCGACGUCACCAAUGAGGACCGCUGCUGGAACGGGCAGACCCGGGGGAGGUACCUGCCAGAUGUGACAGGCGAUGGGCUGGUGAGCCAAAUCAACAACCCUGAGGUGGAGGUGGAUAUUGCCCGUCCAGAUGUGAGAACCAGACAGCUGAUCAUGGAAUUGAGAGUGGCGACCAAUAAACUCAGGCAUGCUCAGAGUGGACAGGAUGUGGAUUUCAUGGACAGUGAAGAGGGUAGUGGCUCAGGUGGUGGAUAUCAUGGUGAAAGAUACAAUGACGACUGGCCCGGGUACGGGCCUCACUUUCCACACAGCAGUAAACCUCCACGCAACCCUGCCUCCAACCCUGCCAAGCCUCCUCGAGGCCGAGACAGAAAUGGAUCCAAGUGGGCCAAAAACAACGGACACGGCAAGGCUCGAUCUGCUGCCAGUCUGCCCGCCUUUUCAUUGCUUCCCUUGUUACCUUUGCCUUUCAUGGUCACCAUUUCCCCCAUGUGGAGAUAGCUGGUUACAGCAGUUGGGAAUUUGACACUCCCGCUCUAGUCUUUAAGCACAUUUUUGAAGGAAAAAACAUGCCAUUCCAUUUGGGUACACCAGCAAAACAAAACAAAAACAGGAAAAAUUUAGCAAUAAACUUAAUUAUCUAUAUUGUGCUAUAACAUUUUUUAAAUAUUUCAAAAAAGUAAAAUGUCCUACUUUCCAAUCCACAUCAGCUGACAUUACCAGGUGUUGAUUACUAAAACAAAAAAAAUAGCACAGCUGUGUUUCUGGUGCCAUUUGAGAGAUUGUGACUCAUUGGAAUCUGACCCCAGCGUAAUGGGGUGCUCUGUUGGAAGUCUUAGGAGGGAAGCGUUUUUAUUUCUCAGCAUCAUAUGAAUUAGCUGCGUUCGUGAGGGGGCAGUGAAGUGGAGCCAGUGGAUGGGUUUUUGUUCUGUGAGGCAUCUGUGCGUACUUCCAGUGAACAUAUGACUUGGUCAGUCGGGCUGUGGUCCGUGGAGUUCAUUUUUCUUUAUUUCUAAACUGUAGGAUUUACAUCUCCAAUCGCAAAAAAGAUGGGGCAGUCUGAAGAAGAUGGGUGCUGGACUGAGCAGAACAUAAAGGAGAUAACUUCAUAUGUCAGAAAAAGUGCAAAAUAAAGCUUCUAAUGCAGCCAAUUCCACAGACCCUAACAGACUGUCCCAGCUUUUUUGGAAGUGGAGAUUUAAUUUAAUCGCUCACUCAAAUUCCAAACAUGGCAAAAAGAAAGAGAAAAGCCAGACUCUUAAAACCAAAUAAGUAGAUGAUUUUGAAUGUACAAGCUUAAUUUGGGUUGCUUAUAUGUAACUUUUUUUUUUAAUGUAUUUGUACUGUAUUAUUAUUGUUCAUCCUUCUGUUAUCAGUUUGGAGCAAAUAGUUAUUAUCUUCCAGGAGAAGUUGGAACAAACAACUUCUUCUUCUGCUCUUCUCCAGACAACUCUAGAGGAAAACAAAAUACAAGAGCGGAAAAAUGUCAUUAUUACCGUCUGUAAAGUCAGUUUAAAAUGUCGCUAUUCCACUGUUUCAAAAUGCUUAUUAACAGCUGUAGUUUUUUUUUCUUGUGGUGUCAUCAGUCUUAACCAGGAAGCAUCAUGUGUGAAUGAGUGAGUGUUUUUGUGUGAUUGUUUUAAUUAUGUCUGGUUUCAAGUUACAUUUAUGAGAUCUUGUGAAGAAAUUGGGAUGUUUUUCUUGCUGUGGUUAUUUAUUUGAUUCUUUUUAACUUGGACCUGAAGGCAACAAAAGUAAGUAAGCUGCUGUUGUGAUUUGAUGCAUUUAUUCAUUAUAAACAAGUUUUAGUUUUUGCAAAGCUGUGCUGCUUUGGGUUAGCCGUCAGAGGGUUACAACAUCCGGAGACAUCUUCAGAAACGACAAAUAAACAUGUUUAUUUCCUGUUGGUAGUAGAACUAAAAGUGUAAAAUGGCAAUGUUGUAUUUCAUAAGGUUGGGGGCUGGACUGUUUUAUAGCAGCCCAGCCUAUUUAGUUGAAACUCAGGCCCAAGUUAAAGUGUUGCUCAUAACUUAAUUAUCGGCAAUGUAUCUAAUUCUUACCGUAUUUAAUAAGAGCAUGUUUAUUUCUUGUUUUGGAAUAACAAAAAUAAACAAGCAACACUCGUUUAUUCCCGCUCAGCUUUACGCUAAGCAAAACUAGUCAGCUGCUAGCUGUCGUUCCAACUCCCACUAAAUACAAUAAGCAAAUUUUUCAAUGUACUGAACUGUUCCAGAUCAUGCACGCCUGUUGAUUUGACAUUGCAAGACACUCAGAGACUGAAGAUGUAAAGAAAAGUAUAAAUGCUGCAAAACAAUGAGGAAAUGUUGAAUGAGGAAAUGUGCAAGACCACAUUGUUAGAAAAAAAAUGUGCACGAAAGUUUGAAACGUACAUUUGAAAUGUAUCCAUUUUUGCUAAGAAAAGUUUUUAAUGGCAUUCUUUUGAAAAUGCUCUUUAAGAGAUUGACACCAGCAGCCAGAUGUGGGUAUGUCAGACUGAAAUGAAGCCUUUCAGACAGAGGGAAAUGUCUCAAAGAUUACACUUGACUCAAUUUCCAACAGUGUUGAAAAAAAUGUUUUCUUCCCUUAAAAAAAACAAAACAAAAAGGAUAAUAAUAGAUAAUAUGGCAGCUGCAAAAUAACCUCAACAUUUCAGGAAAAUAAUUCUCAACCUUACUUCUUCAUUCCUUCUACUGUCACAUUCCCCUCAUGGUGAAAGUAUAGCACAACUUUGUCAUGUAACUGUUUUUGGUAUCAAACAAGUGAUAUUUUCUGCUUCAUUAAAAAU